UUUGAAACCAUCAGCUCUUUGUGUCUGACCUUUUAUUCAACACAGGAAGGAGGAAACUGUCUGUAAAUCAGCUUCAGAAGUGAAACAAGAUGAACUCCUCGGAUAAUUUCACAGACUAUUACAACGACGACGACGAUCCUUAUUAUGAACCGUGUUCUUUCAGCGACAGUAACAGUGUGAACGUUGUGGUUGGUCCUUACAUUCACUCCAUCAUCUGCAUCCUGGGCUUGGUGGGGAACAGCCUGGUCAUCCUCACCUAUGCCCUCUACAAGAGAACCAAAUCCAUGACUGACGUCUACCUGCUCAAUGUGGCCAUCGCUGACCUGCUGUUCGUGCUGGCUCUACCUUUCAUCGUCUACAACGAGCUGUACUCUUGGCCCAUGGGGCAGGUGGCCUGUAAGCUGCUGCGUGGUUCCUACAGCGUCAACCUGUACAGCGGCAUGCUAAUGUUAGCCUGCAUCAGCACCGACCGCUACAUCGCCAUCGUCCAGGCUCGCCGGAGCUUCAGGUUACGCUCGCUGUCAAACAGUCGCAUCAUCUGUGCCCUGAUCUGGAUCUUUGCCUUAAUGGUGUCUGUUCCCACUUUCCACUUCUACCAUUGGUACGAACCAUCACAUAAUGACAUCAUCUGGUUCAACGGCACCGAAGAGGAAGAGACGACAGAUCCACAGUACGUCUGUGAGUGGAAAUUUGAUGACAGCACCACUGCUAGCAGAGUGAAGGUUGCUGUUCCCAGCACCCAACUGGCCAUUGGCUUCUUCCUGCCGCUGCUCAUCRUGAUCUUCUGCUACACMGCAGUCAUCAUCACCCUGCRGAAAGCCAAAAGCUACAAGCGACACAAGGCGGUCCGAGUGGUGAUGGUGGUGGUGCUGGUCUUCAUCGCCUGCCACUUGCCUUACAACUUGGCCCUGUUGUAUAAGACUGUCCGUUUGUUCGAAUACACUGAAUGUGACGAGCAGGACUCCCUGCACACGGCGAUGUCUGUGCUGCAGACCGUCGCCUACCUGCACUGCUGCCUGAACCCGCUGCUGUACGCCUUCAUCAGCGUGAAGUUCAGGAGUUACUUCCGGAGGAUCUUCCAGGAUCUCUGCUGUGUGGGUAAGAGGUACAUCGCCCAGCGCCGCCUCCCCAUUGAUGGGACCAAUGAAGAUGGUACGUCUUUUAGCAUGUGAAGCUAAUAGUCUCAGGAGCUCUGAUUGAGAUCUGAUUGAGAUCUUCAGGUCUCCAAAGCAAAAUCUGACCACAAAGGGAAGAUAUUAGAAAGUAUUUAAAAUAAAAAUCUAAACAUUACAAACUGCUGAGGUUUCAUUGUGUUGAUUGUUGCUUAGUUUCCAUAAGAAUCUUGGCUGCUGAUGAACAUGUGAACUGAAUGAGGUAAAGUGAUGUGUGAAGGAAAUAACAUCUGUUUUGAAUACAUUUGGACAAGACAUCAAAAUUUCAACAUAUUUGUUUGGACUGAUCCAAAAGUACCGCAUGUUUCUGAUGGUUCAGAGUUUUUAGAGGGAAUGUCCACCACCCUCUGAAAAGGAAAUGUUAGACUGUUUAUGUACAAAGCCUGUUUUAGUAUAAUACUUUAUCUAGAUGACUCCACAGCGCUUCACGCUACAUUCACCCGUUCACACACACAUUCACACGCUCAUGGCUGUGAGCUACUACAUCGUAGCUUGAACUGCCCUGAGGCAAUUUAACCAAAUAAAUCCUGCAGGUUUUACCUGGAAACCCAAUAAAUGAGUCAUGAUCCUCUGUAGUCAGAUUCACAUCUUUAAACUAAGAAUUUGUUGAAACACUUUUAAUUAAAUUUCACUUUCCAGGUUGGAGUCUAUCUGUAUCUUAACCUUUCAAGCAUUCUCUAAAUCUUCUCAUCCAUUUUCUUGAUUUUGAUUAUGAAAUUUGACAAAAAAAUCAUGUUAAUUGCUGUUUUAUAAACUUCUCAAGAUCUUUUUGUGUUCAUUAGUUUUUUAAUGUUAUUAAUUUUAUUUUUAUUUUUAAAGCCACAAAGUGAUUAAUAACUAUAAGGAGAUAAAAUCAAUACUGAUGGAAAAAGCAGUAAAUUAAUAAAGAAGCACCAAGAAAAUCCUCUCUGGAAAUGUUCUGCAGGUGACAGAAGGCUGGUUUUGUAAUCGUCUUUAUGUGUCUCUACAGGUUCAGGUCACUAAACCUGUUUAACUGUUGAAGCAGCUUUUUAAAUGAUUUUGCUGAUAAAUGAAAGGUUGGAAAGUUUAGCUUAAAGCAUUUUGUCUAGAUUGUUUUGUCAGCAUUGGGU